AUAUGGGGAACUGAAGAAAGUGAAGUUUCGUUUCCCUUCACAUGGGGCUUAUUUUGGAUAGCUUCUGCCAACAGUGUGUCAAAGGCAUGUUCAGCAAUUGUCAUUUCAAGUAGUUGGGAGGUUACAUCGGAUGGGCUACAUCGUGAGUAGGCUACAAGUUCCACUCCCUGUUUUCAUUGGGUCUGUGCAGUACGCACUUGCAUAAAACGGCCAUUAGAUGGCAGACGCAGCUGCAGAACAUAACGUAUACCGCGAGGCUGAGGUUCCUGGAGCACCUGCCAAUGGACAUGGGGAAGGUCCCGCAGCACCUGAAGCCGCAGGCAACAUCCAAGAACAGGUGGAAGAAUUCCUGGGCCCUCACCCAGACUAUGAUGAAGAGGAGGAGGAGAGGAAGUACUACAGACGGAAGCGGCUGGGUGUGGUGAAAAAUGUGGUGGGAGCCAGUGUAGCUGGCAUGAUUGUCUACAGUGUUUAUUUGGGCCUGCUGCAGAUGCAGUUGAUUCUGCAUUAUGACGAGACCUACAGAGAGGUGAAGUAUGGCACUCUGGGCCUGGAGGACAUUGAUAACAAGAUGCUGAUGGGUAUUAAUGUCACACCCAUCAUUGGCCUGCUAUACACCCCCGUGCUCAUCAGAUUUCUGGGCACCAAGUGGAUGAUGUUUUUGGCGUCUGGUAUUUAUGCUCUAUUCGUUUCAACCAAUUAUUGGGAGCGAUACUAUACCCUGGUGCCGGCGGCAGUGGCUAUUGGCGCUGCUAUUGUCCCCCUCUGGGCUUCUCUGGGAAACUACAUUACCAGGAUGGCUCAGCAGUACUAUGAGUACAAAAAUUAUAAGGAAGACCAUGUUCAGGAGCAGAAGAAACCACCCAAAGGGGCCUUUCUCCGCUACAUUGUCAUCUUCCAGUCUGUGUUCUACAUCAUCUUUCAUCUCUCCUUUGUUUUUGCGGAGUUUCCCAUGGCCUUCUUCCUCAAUACGUAUCUGAACGAGCCCUCGCACAUUCUUUACGGCGUGAAGACCUGUGGUGCAAACAGCCAUGGCAUCAUCACAGGACUGAACAAGACGGUGUUGCAAAGUCUGCCUCGAUCUUUGAUGCUCAUCGAGGUGGAGAGUGUCUUAAUGGGAGCAGCCUUUAUGGCCAUGAUCAUCUUUCUGGUGCUGUGUGGAGCUGCUUACCGCCCCACAGAGGAGAUUGACCUCCGCAGCAUUGGCUGGGGCAACAUCUUCCAGUUGCCCUUCAAGCACCUCCGGGACUACCGCCUGCGCCUCCUCAUCCCCUUCUUUAUUUACUCCGGGUUCGAGGUGCUCUUCGCCGUUAAUGGGAUCAUACUGUCAUACGGCGUGUGCUCUGUGGGCCUGAAGAAGCUGUGGCUGCUGGUGGUGGUGUACGGCCUGUCGUCGUCCGGCUGCUCAGCGCUGUCCCUCUGCCUGCUGCGGCUGCCGCGCCACGUCACACUCCUGGGCGGCGCCUUCCUGCAACUGGGCGUGAUUGUGGGCCUCAUGUGCUGGUCACCCUUGCCGCUGAAAGGCACCAAGCCCGACCCGUCUGACCCUCUGCCCGUGCUCCUGGUGCUGACUGUCUUGUGGGGCCUAGGCACAGCGCUCAACAAGACCGGCCUCAGCUCCUUGCUGGGGAUGCUGUAUGAAGACAAGGAGAGGCUGGAUUUUGUUUUCACCAUCUACCACUGGUUUCAAGCUAUAGCCAUCUUCAUUGUCUACCUGUGGUCAAACCUGCCAAUGCGAGCAAAGUUGGCCAUCCUCCUCAUCACUCUGCUCCUGGCGAUGUUCUGCUACUGGCGAAUGGAGCGCCAGCUGGCCAAGAGGGUUCCCUACCGGCUGCCCCGCAUCCCCAGGCCGCGGCACAAGGUGAAGGGCUACCGUUACCUGGAGGAGGAGAACUCGGACGAGUCGGACUCGGAGCAGAGCGCAGACGGGGAGCAUUCGCAGGACGAUGAGGAUGGCCGCGGCACCGAGGAAGAGGAGGUAGCCGAGGUCGGCGGCGAAGGGGACGCCGCAUCACUGGGCUCCCAGCGCUCGCCUGGGCCGCACGGCCGUCGCCGACACCGCCGCCGCCGAGACGACGCCUACGAACAGGCAGGGGACAGGGACGAGUACGCCUAGUGCAUGUGAGCGAAGAGAAGGAGGAAAGUCAGCGGGUGAAAGGGUGGGAGGGAGGAGGUAACUGAAGGAGCACACACACCCACAGUAGGAAAUCAUCAGUGAGGAAAACGGCGGCUUUGGCCAAGGUCAUCACAUGUUUGUCCAAGGUCAUCACAUGUUUGUCCAAUGUCAUCACAUGUUUCUAUCAUCACAAUAAAUGGAUGGGGGUUGACUUUGUCUUUAAAAGUAGAAAGGCAUUUGAGAGCAAAGGAGAAGUGAAGAAAGUGUUUUUUUGGAACAGGAAGCGUAAAAGAAGAAGUCACACACAGGUGCUCUCAGAUGGCUGUUUCUAUAGCAAUAUUGGAACCUCGUGUCAAUCUCUGAACGCUGGUCAAAUAUUCCUGUUGCGUGUUCCGCUUUCACUGACUUUCUUAAACGUGCGUGUUUUCAAAUUGUGCUUCUUUAAAAAUAUGUAUAUUUUUUAUAUAAUUAUUUCAACGGUACAUGUUUUUUUUCUGAAUAAACCACAUUCUUGAAUAAAAUCAACAAACGUCA